AUGUUGCGAGCAUCGGAUAAAGCUGUUCCAGCUUCGCGAGCUUUUUUGAGAGCUUUGGUGCUUCGAAGCUUCCACAACGGGCCUCUCAGAAGAGUCCAUCCCACGUCAUACUACCACUCUUUUGUGAGACCGUCUACACCCACUUAUGUGUCGCGAGAACUUAUUCAACAUCUCACACACCGCCGGUUUGCAUCAUUUUUCCCCAAGCUUCUCGCCAGAACCGUAAAAAUACCUGCAUAUAUAGGUGGUGGAGCUGCUGCUGUGAGCUCUUAUGUUGCGUACAAGGUCGAAGAAGCAACCAAUUUUUCUCAUGAGAAACUUUCACAGCUCAAGGACUUUGCACAGGGUAUGAAAAACAGAUUGGGCGAUGCUUUUGGUGGGCGAGGUGGUUCUGACGGUGAAGAAGGUGGAGAUAGUGAUCGCGACGCCGCGGCAGCAGCAGCACUACUGGCGUCCUUGGGCAAAGAACAGUUCAGUGCACAGGAAAGGGGAGAUGAGGAAGACGAGGACGAAGAAGAAGAAGAAGCUGAUGAUAACACCGAAAACGAUAUCUUGAACUUGACCAAACAGAUGAUCGAAAUACGGGCCAUCCUCAACAAGGUAGAUUCAUCUUCAGCCAACCUAACAUUACCGUCCAUUGUGGUGGUAGGCUCACAGUCGUCUGGGAAAUCUUCAGUUCUUGAAUCUAUUGUAGGGAAGGAGUUUCUGCCCAAAGGUUCCAACAUGGUUACAAGAAGACCGAUCGAACUGACGCUGGUCAACACUGCAGGUUCAAAUGAGACUACAGCAGAUUUUCCUUCCCUUCGUGCCUAUAAUAUCAAGGAUUUUAAUGAGGUGAAGCGCAUCCUUAUGGAAUUGAACAUGGCCGUUCCUUCUACGGAAGCAGUUUCCGCUGAUCCCAUCCAACUAACUAUCAAAUCUUCGCGGGUUCCAGAUUUGUCUUUAGUCGAUCUACCAGGCUACAUUCAAGUGGAAGCCGCAGAUCAGCCCUUGGAGCUAAAAUCCAAGAUCCGCCAGUUAUGUGACAAAUACCUAGCAGAACCAAACAUUAUAUUGGCAAUCUCCGCAGCCGAUGUUGAUUUAGCGAACAGCAGUGCAUUAAGGGCUAGUAAAAUUGCGGAUCCUAAGGGAACAAGAACCAUCGGAGUCAUUACAAAGCUAGACUUGGUGGAUCCCGCUCGGGCUCGUGAGGUUCUUAAUAGUAAAAAGUACCCACUGAAAAUGGGCUACGUCGGUGUCAUUACAAGGGCCCCUAGUACCACCGCCAAAUUUUUUGAUACUGGUUCGAAACAGGGUCUUUUUACUCGAAAAGACCCUAAAGAGACCGUGGUCGAACAAACACGUUCGUUUGAAAGGGAUUAUUUCAGGCAAAAUAGAAGUACUUUCACUAACUGUCAAGUCUCAACCAAGAAGCUUAGGGAAAAGCUCAUAAGCAUUUUGGAGAUAUCUAUGUCUGAAGCGCUCGAACCUACAUCAAGAUUGAUCCAUCAAGAGCUUGAUGAUACGUCAUACUUGUUCAAAGUGGAGUUCAAUGACCGCCAGCUCACUCCUAAAUCAUACCUUUUAAGUAACGUUGACGUUCUGAAACUUUCGAUCAAGGAACUACAAGAAAAGUUUAACAGAUACGAGCUAAAGUCUAUUCUGAAAGCCGACUUAGAUCAGCGUGUACUUGACCUUCUUGCAACACGGUAUUGGAAAGACGACAACUUACAGGAGCUGACUGCUAAGAAAACUGAAAAAGAUGAGUCUUCGGCACUGUACUGGCAUAAAAAAUUAGAACUUUCUUCCGGAAGUCUCACAAAAAUUGGUGUUGGAAGAAUCUCGACGUCGCUGGUCACCAAUGCAAUCUUGAAGGAGCUAGAAAACGUUUUAGACCUGACACAACUGAAAAAUCACGAUUUGAUCAAGGAGUUGGUGAACAACACGGCAGUGAACGUACUGAACACGAAGUACUACUCCACGGCAGAUCAAGUCGAGAACUGUAUCAAACCUUUCAAGUAUGAAAUUGACUUGGAGGAGCGUGACUGGGCAGUGGCGCAUGAGCACGCUACGAACUUGAUUAGGGAAGAGAUGAGACAAUGCAGUGAGAGAUUGCAGGCCAUCAAAAAUAUGGUAGGGGGGCGUAAACUAUCUCAAGUUAUGACUUACUUGAAGCAGGAUGUUGGAAAUCAGGAGACCUUAGGUUUUUCCGGGUUGUUACUGGAGCGUGGUCGAGAAGCUGAAUUUUUGGAGAAGAGAUCUCACCUCCUGAAUUUCAGGUUGAAGAUUCUGAAAAACAAAUGCCAUUCCACCGCUGAUAAGGACUUAUGUCCAGAAGUGUUUUUGAAUGCCGUCAGUGACAAACUGACUUCAACUGCGGUCUUGUUUUUGAACGUCGAGUUGCUCAGUGAUUUCUUCUACAAUUUUCCGAUCGAGCUGGAUAGAAAGCUCUCGGGACUCUCUGACGAACAGGUAGAGCUAUUUGCUAAAGAGGACCCCCGCAUUGCUCGUCAUAUCGACCUGCAGAAACGGAAAGAUCUUUUGGAACUUGCUCUAGAGCGCAUAGAUUCUAUUCUGAUGUACAAGAGAAGCUACAAAAAUGCGAAAUCUUGA